AUGGCCCUCAACAUCACCCAAAUCCUCUCCACCCUCUCCUCCGCCCCCAACACAACUCAAGGCCCAACUCUCCUCCUCAUCAUCUGGCUCCUCCUCUCCCUCUCAACCCUCACCGUCCUCCUCCGCUGCCUGAUCAAGUUAUUUCUCACGCACAAACUCUUUCUCGACGACAUUUUGAUGAUUUGUGCUGUGCUAUUUGCGCUCGUGCAUGCCAGUUUGAUUCAUGUCGCUGUGCAGAAUGGUUUUGGGAAACAUAUUAUUUAUGUUGGGUGGGAGAAAUUACCGAUGUGUAUGAAGGUGGGGAGUUUGACCACCUCCCCCUCGGCGACCCUCCGCAAAAUCUGGCCCCGAAUCAUCUGGACAGCAAUCAUCAUGCAAGUCGUCGUGAAUGGCGUGGGAAUCAUCCUCUUUUAUUGCCAAUGUGGGAAAGAUUUGGAUGUAUUUUGGACGUUGGCGAAACAGAUUCGGUAUGAUGAGUUUUGUUGGGACCCUGUUAUACAGACCAAUUAUGGCUACUUUAUGGGUAUACUGAAUACCUUGACGGAUGUAUGGUUGGCGAUUUUACCGGCGGUAUUGGUACAUCGGACGAAAAUGCGAUUGAGAAGGAAAAUUGGAGUGGCGGGAUUGUUGUGUUUGGGACUAUGGGCGAGUGUGGCGAGUGGAGUGAAGACGGUGGAGGCUGGUAAUCUCAGCAAAGUGACGGAUUACACUUACACCCUCUCGACCUAUGUCAUCGCCAUGGCUGUCGAACUCAACAUUGUCAUCAUCACCGCGUCCAUUCCCUGUCUGCGACCACUCUUUCGCAAAAGUCUGUGGAAGAAACUUCUCCGCAAGCGCCACAGCAGCAGCAGCAACCCAUCCCGCAGCGCGACUCCAGCCUCCAUCACUCGACCCGGCAGAAGAGGAGGAGGAGGAGGAGGGAGAAGAAGUCUCUCAGGCUUGCCGAGUCUGCAUCAACUCCCACCGUGGAGGACGAAGCAUAUCCCAUUGAGUUCGGGAUUCACGAGUAAAAAUGGCUCGGGGACAAAUCUGACCGCCGUGACGUCCAAUACGAAUCAGGGGGAGGAUACGGAAUUGAGCUGCGUGGAAGGUUGGUGUGAUGGUGAUGUCAGGGAGGUGGAUGGGGUAAUUACGGUGACGACCGAGGUGGAAAUCAGCUAUCAGAGCAUGGAGAAACCGUUUGUGCAUGCGUCCAUAGUGGGGUUGAUCCAAGGGGAGAUUGCGAAUCCGAGGUUGAGAAAAGUGUAG